AUGACAGAUAGUCAUAAGGGGGGUGCCAAGAACGAAAAUGUAGCCGACAGCUGGGAAGAGGCUGGCGACGAGGCCACAGAAAAAUUUUUCGAUGAACGUAAGAAAGAAAUUGAGGCAAAAAAGCAAAAAGAAGAAGAGAUGUGGAGAGCAAGAGAAGCAGCACAGCAAAUACAGGAACAGGGCUCGAAUUUCGAUAAACCAGCUUUUCAAAUUCUGAAACGUCCACAAGGAUGUGAGACGCAGUCGUCAUCUUCGCAGCACGAUAUGUCAAAACUUGAGGAAAAAACAAAGACGAUGACUCUUCAAGAAAGGGAAGCAGCAUAUCUGCAAGCACGAGAAAGAAUAUUUGGGGGUGUUUAUAGGGUCGAGGAGGAUCAAGAUUUAGCUUUUGAUCAGUUGGUCCGCAGUGCAGGUAGUUGCGUCCCAGCAGGUGUGCCACUGCCCCAUCCAUCAUACCAUGCACCGAAUCCGCGACCUAGAUUACCAGUUAUGAUGAGGACACCAAGACCUCCACUGUACCAACAGCCACUUCCAUUAGGUAUACCACCGUUUAGGAUACCACCACCUCCACCAGGUGCCUAUACACCAUCAUUACCUCCUAUUUCGCAGCAAAGGUUUCCAGUAGCUGGAAUGCAACAUGCACCGAACACUCAACUACAACGUCUUCCGUAUUUCGAUUCUAGAAUUCCGCCUCCUGCAGCACCACCGCCUCCAUAUAUUGGACAGAAUCUAGGACAGAAUCUGAUUGGUAUGAAUCCAGCAUUCAGCGAUCCUACAAGAAAUAAUCCUGUACCCUACGGACGCCCACCUACUCAGCUGUUAUCACAGAAUCAGUUUACACUUUCGUUCAGCGAUCAAUCAAAUCGAUUUUACUGA